AUGAGUAUUCGCCAUGUCCCGCUGGAAUUACAACAAGAGAAUCUUGGAGAUUCCAGUCUGUUUAAAAAAUAUGAUGCCACAACCACAAAAUCAGAGACCAAUAACGAACAAGAAACCAAAAAGAGACCUCCAAGUACCCCAUUGACACCAUCGCUUGUGACAAAGAAUAUUAUGAAGAAACACCGGAUCGAUGAAAAUGAGUUGACAAAAAAGAACUUGCGAAACAUCUUGAAUAAUGUAAAUGCGACAGAAAUUAAUGAAGGUCCUGAAAUAUCUCUACCUGUUAGUGAUGACGAAGAUGCUGGAGAACCACAGGAAGAUGAAUACAUAUACCCUAAUGCUCUGAAAAGACAGCAAGCUCAAACCCAUCAGAACCAAAAACUGCCGCUGGUGAAUAGAGAUGGCUUUGAAAUUUCAUCCAAAAAUUCUAGCGUCAAUAAUGGCAUGUUCCUAAAACCGACUUCUACUAAGUUGGUGGGAAUUAUCAAGAGAGGCAACAAUGACAAGAUUACAGGAUUAAAAAAUAUCGAUAAACCUUCUUCAUCGAAGCUCAAUAUUGCUGAAGAUAAUGAAAGAAUGAAAUUCGAAUGUGGAAUUAAGAAUUCGCCGACAUCUUUUAGUUCGUUCAAUGACCAAAUCGACUUUGAAAUUUACAGAGUUAAUAUAGAAAUAGAGGCCCUUCUCCAUCUGAAGAAACUCACAAAGAAGGAUCAAUUGAUAGAGUUUUUAUCAUUAGAAAGAAUGUUUGAAAGACAGAAAUAA